AUGUCGACAAGCGCCAACAACUCACUUCAACUCAACACUACUCGCACAUAUGAUUUGAUUGUCCAGCCCUCCGAUCUUGCAAGUGGUAUAUCCUCCAACGCAGAACUUGACAGAUUCCCUCGAGUCCUCGCAACAUCCCGCAUGAUAGCAUUCAUGGAAAUUGCCGCUGCUCGAGUUCUUCAACCGUUGCUCAGCCCUGAUCAGCUGUCCGUGGGCACUAGCAUCAACAUCACGCACUCGGCGCCUACACCCGUCGGGGCUAAGGUGACCGCCGAGGCAAAGUACAUUGGUCAGAAGGGAAAGCUUUAUCAGUUCGAAGUCAUUGCCAACGAUGAGGUGGGAGAGAUAGGGCGCGGAAGUCACGAGAGGGCUAUUGUGGAAAUAGCGCGCUUGGAAAACGGCGCGAAGAAGAGGGGGGCAUCUCAGUGA